UAUCAGCACUGAUUGGCACAGUUUCCGUAUUUAGAACUUCCUCAAGUCCUAGAGCCACUCCUUCAUCUCCUUCAGAAGAAAGAGCUCUGUCAUGUAGCUGCACCAGCUCUCUUGCCCAGUAUCCAGAAAAUGCUUUUUCUCACAAUUCUGCUGUUUUUCUUCUCUCAGAUGUCUCAGCAGACACAGAAAACUACUGCAAAUGGCAAAGAGAUGGUGUCCAAUCCCAAGCUUGUACUGGUUCAGGGGACUUUGAAUGUGGUGAUGAAGCAGAAUGUGACCCUCUCCUGCCUCUCUGAGCCUGGAUCCCCACCUGUCAGAUACACACUGUUCAAGCACAACCAGCAGGUAUCUGCUUCCAACAGGUCAGACUUGAGCCCUGCACUGUUCACCCUGACCAUCAGCUCUGCCAGCGAUGUUGGGGAGUACAAGUGCAAAGCUGAGUACAACAACUCCAGUGGUGGAAAAUACAGCAACAGCCUCAGCUUCACCCUCCUAGAGCCCAUUUCCAAACCAGUGCUGAGCUCCCCCACCUCUCAGGCAAAGAAAGGCCAGAACGUGACCCUGUCCUGUUUCUCGGAGAACGGAUCCCUUCCCAUCACCUAUCUGUUCUUCAAAGGAACACAAAACAUUUCUCCCCAAAAGACAAUGCAGAAGAGGGAAGCAGCUGUGAUUUUUCUAUUUAUCAAUUCCCUUAGUGACUUUGGGACCUAUAAAUGCAAAGCUAAUAACAGUUUUCCCAAUAAUACAAAAUACAGCAACAGUUUCAACUUUACAUUAGCAGCAGAAGAGAGAAGCCAUUCUCAGACCCUGAUAAUUUCUCUUGGGCUGAUCCUGCUCCUGCUCAUAAUAGCACUUGCUCUGGCAAUUCCAUUUUUCCUAAUUCCUUUGUACAAAGCAAAAAAAUUUAAGUCUACCAGGCCCUCAACUGGCCUUACUUCAAUACUGAAUGCAGAGGAGUCUGAAAAUGAAGUGAUAUACUCAGAGAUUGCAGAGCCUGUUAGACCAGAAGAAGAAUACAUCAACUUCUCCGUUAUUAGAAGAGAAGAGGAAAAAGCAGGGAAGAGGCCAUGUGCUACAGUCUAUUCAAAGGUCCUCAUCAGAGACUGAAUACCAGGUAUGAUUAUCAUUUUUUUCUGAUCAACUUAAUCACAUGCUUUUAAAGAAUUUUUCAGCCCUCAAAUGUGCUAAGUUCCAGCAAGCUGCAUACAAAGAUAAGAUAUUUAGAUACCAAUUUCCUGGCCUAAUCAGUUUGUAGACACUUUCGAGGCAAAAUCUCUGAGCCAUAAUAUCCAUGGACUUCAACUUAUGAGAAAAAGCAAACAGACAAAACUUAGAAUUACAUGUAAAGCUUUCACACAGAUUUAAGUUCCUGAACAUUUAACAAUUCUCUGAAGUACAAACUGGAUUGUUUGCAGACAUAAGAUAAUCAAAAGGUUUUUGUCUAGUGUAACAAAAAAAAAGAAAAAAACAUCCCUCAGGCACUAGAGGAUCCCUAUUUGCCUUCUAUGUACCUGCAAGGAUGGCAAUUUCUCAGUUCAACAGUACUUCAGCUCUCACAGUAGAUAGUAGUAGAUAGCUCUUAGAGGGAUAGGUUGCUAAAAUUAAUUUUGGGACAGCUGACUUCAAAAUAAAUUCUGUGUGCUGCUACCAGCUGUUUCUUAAGAUGUGGCUGGGUUGCUUUAAUACCAUUCCAGAGGCAGCUUAUUUAGAAUUGCAUGAGUUCAGUAAGUCACAUGAUGCUAACAUUGAUUAGUUCUAGCAUAAAUAUACUGCAACUAUUAUUGUUGCUACAAAUAACUCAUUUAUAGUUAAGUGAGCACCAUGUUAGAAGAUUUUAAGGCAAGUUCUCGUGUUUCAUGACACUGAUGACUAUCAGAGGCCACAGGCCUUGCUGCACUUUAUACAGGGACUGAACAAGCUGUACUGGAAAUCUAGAAAAGAUCAGAAACACACAGUUCUGUAUCUCUGCAAACUCUUGUAUCUGAUUUUAACCACUGUGCUUAGGUGCAGGAAAAAUAUGAUCACACAUUAGUCUUUUUCCACCAUUUUGUACCCACAGAUAUUUUGUCCGCAGAAAAUACUGGUUAAAAAAUAUUUAAAUCUGUUAUUCUGUUACUCUUGGUAAUAUUUUUCUGAAUUUUUUAUGUUUCUCACGUGCAAGAUGAAGUAGCUUACACGUUUAAGAACUGAAGCCAUGUGACUAAAAUACAUUCCUACAAACAGUACAAAGAUAAUGAUGUUAUUAAAAUAUUUACGAUUUGGAAGUCUUUAAUAUAAAAUACCAUUUUCCAACAGAGAUCACAAUUGUGCCAGCAAUACAGAGGAAAGCUGAAUUUUUAGUUUAGGAUGGAGCACUUUCAGUAUGAUAUUAAAACCAAAGACAUGAACAAGCAUAUGGUUAGCCUUGCUAAUAAG